AUGGCAUUGAUUAAAGUGCAGAUUCAUGAGGAACCUACUUCCACGGUACAAGUGACUGAUGAUGACUCACCAUUCAAGUCAUUUAUCAGAAUAAAUAAUGCAGAUUUGAAACCAGACCCGAGCAGUGCUGUUGACACAUCUGAUACAAAUGAAAAAGAAGAUAAUUUGGAAGUAGAAAGUACUGAUAAAAGCACUGAAGUAGUUUUAUAUAGCAGAGAAGAAAAGAAAGAAGAGAAUGUAGAAAUGUCUAUUUCACCAACGUUAACGGAGGACACAGAAGAAGAGAGCACAGUAGAGGUAAUGGCCAGUCUUAUCUCCUCAGAAGCUCCAGCUGUGGUGAAAGAGGAAAUUUUUCAGAAAAUCUUGUCUGAAAAAGAGAAGUUACCAACAGUAAGCAUGCUGGAUUUUGCUGGCCAGUUAGCAUAUUAUGCCUGUCAUCAAAUUUACGUAACACCAAAGGCCUUCUUUAUCCUUGUGUUGGACAUGACUAAGAAGUUUGAAGAUGUUGUGGAUCAAGAGAAAGAUAACCAAGAAGGAUCAAUCUUCUCAGUGUGGACCUACAAAGACUACCUGAAGUUUUGGAUUACCUCAAUCAAGACAUUUGGAGGCAAAAAGGCACCACUGUUUCUUGUUGUCACACACACAGAAACAAAAUCUACAAAUGAAAUAAAAAAGUAUCUCAGGGAGUUCUGGAAUGCUGUACCAGAUGAGGAUAGAAGUUGGUUAAGUGAGUCUCUGAAUGAUCGGGAAUAUGCAGUCGGUUUAAAGAAACUUACUGAUAAUACCAAGGAAUACCUGGAGUCAAUGAAAAAGUCCAUAGUGGAACUAUUUACAGAUGAGAACAAUACAAAAGUUGAAUUGCCUUCUUCGUGGGCUUUAAUGGAGCAGUUAUUGUAUGAAGGAGCCUGGAAGGUUUUGAACCUAAGUGAAAUCUGGAAACUCAAUGCAUCUCUUCCCCAUGAAUACCAAAUCAAAAGUGAUAAAGAAAUGUCAAAAUUUUUAAAAUGUUUUCAUGACAGUGGCCUUCUUCUGAAUUUUGAAGAAGUGGAAUUGAGGGAACAUGUUAUACUAGAUAUUCAGUGGUUUGCUAAUGCUUUCAGUAAGAUAAUUGCUGAUGAAAACCACAUCAAUAAAGAUUGUCAAAAGAAAUUAGUCAAAGAGUGGAAAUCCUUCAACAAAACAGGGGAACUUAUAGAAACAGUAAUAGAUGCUUUGUGGAAAGAUGAACCCUCUUACUUGAAACAUAAAAAUGAAAUUAUGCCAUACAUGGAGAAACUUCAAAUGCUGGUAACAUUGAAUGCACAUGAGGCUGUAUCAGAAGGUGGCAUGUCAUGGUAUGUCCCGUGUAUGAACAAAAAGCAGUUUAAAGCUGACUUCAAUGAAGAUAAGUGGGAAUGCUCCUCCAUUUUGUGCUUCAGAUUCACUUCCUUUGCCAUGUUUGUGUUCUACAGACUGGUAGCAUACUGCAUAAGUUCUCUAAGAUGGAGUGUUGCUAAAGAUGAAGACAAUGAAGGAAGUCUAUGUCUUUAUCAAACAGCGGCAGUUUUUGAUUACAAAGAACACACGGUUGUUGUUGGCAUAUGUAAUGACGAUAUUCAGUUGCAAGUGCUGAGAAUCAAACCAUUGACUGUAGAGAACGAUGUAUCAAAUGGAAUUGGAGACUCCAUUAAUAAAGCAAUAGAAAAAUUAACAGAAACAUUCAUUGGCACAAAGAUAUUCCUCAGAGGAUUCAAAUGUCAAAAUAUUAUUUGUGAUGAGAGGGAUCUAUCUUUCACCCUUGCAAGUGAGCUGUCCAAAAUCAAGACGAAAGAAAUUCAGUGCAAGUGUCAACUUCAGGAGAAACAUGUGAUUAAUAUACAGAUGACUUUGGGAUGCUGGGAAAAGGAUCUUUUAAAAGAAACAGAAGUACACAGAAGUUUAUCACUGACAUCUAUGGACAGACUUGAUGCUAGAGAUUCAGCCUCAGGAAAGUUUCAAAAGCCAAUUGAUAACUCUCAGCGGAGUAAAGAACCAGAAACCUUAUUCUGUGGAGAAUGGCAUAAAAGUGUUGGUCAUUUGGUGUGUAGUGAUGGAACAGCUGGUACCGCAUUCAGGGUUGGAAGUCGUUAUCUGAUGACAGCAUUCCAUGUGAUAAGAAAAACUUAUGAAAUGUACAUCGAUAAAAUCGUAGAAAACGCCCAGUCAGAUCCACAUCGCAGCAUUAAUUAUUCAAGGUUAUUGCAAAAACUGCACGUAGGGGAAUCCGGGAGAGAUAUUGAAGAGAAAUUAAAACAUGGGAUCCUGGAAUGGCUAAAUAAGACUAGUUAUCAAUACUUGAUCUCAGGUCUACUCAGUGCUUUGGAGGAGACAGGAUUUUCAUGUACCAAAGAGAAGACCAUGAAAUUCAUCGAGGACAACCCUAUUUAUGUAUAUUUUGGUCGCACAAGAGAACACUUUAAGUAUGAUCCGUAUCGUUUGAGAUAUGACAUUCCAUUCUACAGCAAACAGGAAGAAGAUGACGUUGCUUUAUUAGAAGUUAAUUGGACAGAUUUACCAAAGUCAUUUAUUUUGGCCAUAUCUGGAAAGCGACCAGAAAAUGUUACCAUUAUUGGUCACCCAGCCUCCCAUGGCAAUGAACAGAUUAUUGACAGAAGAUGUCCGUUGAUUUCGGAAUGUGAUGCCUUUCAAACUCACUGUAAAGCACUUUCAUGGUGGAAGGUGAAUUAUCCUAAUUUUGACCAUAAACAAGUUAAAAAUGAUUAUGAUUCUAUGUUUAGGAGGGAAAAGGUACUGUUCCAUUGCUCAGAAUCCACAACUCAUGGUGCUUCUGGUGGCCCUGGGAUCAUUGAUUUAGACAAAAGCUUGCCAAAAGUGUAUUUAAUGCUCCAAGAGGGAAUCCCAGGUUUUGUACAUAAUGUGCAUGAUACAUCUAUGAAAGAAAUAUUGAGGACUUGCCCUAAAGAAUGCCUUGUUGAGAGUGGGAUCAGCAUGUCCAGG